AAGACAAAUAUUACCAAUUUCUCUAAUAGGAAACCAAAAUAUGAAACUAAUUUAAUAGCCAAUUCAUCUAUUUCAAAAACAAAAUAUUAUGAAGUUUUAACAAAAGAUUCCUUAAAGGAUAUUGAAUUCAUUUAUGAGAAUGUUGUAACUUCUAUAAAUGAACCAGAUAAUAUUUAUAAUGAAAAUAAUUUAAAUGUUCCUAAUAAUACUUCACCAACCACUGAAAAUCAAGUUGAUGACAGUAUUUAUGACAAGACUGACUGUAUAACUAAUUUUGAAACUGAUAAUGAUGAAUUUAAUAAUUAUGAAGAUUGCUUAAAGGAUAAUAUUGAAUUAACUUAUGAGGAUAUAAAAGUUGUAACUUCCAUUGAUGUACCAGGUAAUAUUUCUAAUGAAAAUAAUUUAAAUGUUCCUAAUAAUACUUCACCAACCAUUGAAAAUCAAGUUGAUGACAGUAUUUAUGACAAGACUGACUGUAUAACUAAUUUUGAAACUGAUAAUGAUGAAUUUAUUAAUUAUGAUCAUGACUAUUCAAAAGAAAUUGAAAUUGAAACUUCAGAUUCAAUCACUGACAAAAGAGUGCGUAAAAGAGGUAUAAUAUCACAAAAAAAAAAUUGGAAUAGGGAAGUUAUGCAACAAAAUAGAUUGCUAGGAAAGGCAUACAUAGGGUUUCAGAGGCAAGGCAAGAAAGUAUCUCAAGAUGUAAAUAAGGAUGAAAGGAAAAUGAAACCAACAUGUGCUUCAACAUUUUGCAAUAAAUCAAAAAACAGAUACUGCGACAAUUUUUCUAAAUCUGAGAGGAGUGAGCUGUUUAACCAUUUUUGGAAUAAUUGUACAUCCUGGGCAGAAAAGAAAACUUUUUGUGUAAAUAUGAUUACCAAGACAGAAACAAAACGUAUAAUGACCGAAAAUGAAAAAAGUCGAAGAGAUUAUUCCUACACUUAUCACUUAAAAAAAGAAGACAUAUCAUUACCAGUCUGUAAAAAAAUGUUUUUGAAUACGCUCUGUUUGAAUGAAUGGAUGGUGAGGAAUUGGAUAAACUCUUCAAUUAAUGGAUUACCUCAAUCAACAAAGAAUAUAAAGAAAAAUAAUUUACAAAACAAUCUAAAUUUGGAAUUUGAUAAUGAAGAGGAAAUUGAAGAACCUAUACCACGAGUAUCAGUGUCUGUACGACAUAAUCAUCUCAUAUCUUGGUUUGGGUCUUUACCGAAAAUGCCCAGUCAUUAUUGUCGAAAGAGGUCUGAAAGACUAUACCUUGAGGGUCCGUUUAAUAGCAAACAAGAAGUUUAUGAUGUAUAUUUAUUGAAAUGUAAAGAAGAGAAUAUGAAACCAUUAAGUAGAAGUUUUUUCUCCAGAUUUAUGACACAAAAAAAAUUUUCCAUAUACCAACCUAGAAAAGAUUUAUGCGAUACCUGCUCAAGUUAUAAAGUCAAACAAGUAAAUGAAGAAAACUAUGAGCUACAUAUUGCUCAAAAAAAUCAAGCCCGAGAAGAGCUUAAAGUUGAUACGCUUGAUGCAGUUGCUUUCAAAAAAAUAGUAUUGACAAUGGAUUUACAAGCUGUGAAACUAUGCCCUGCACUGAAUGCUAGUGCAUUGUAUUACAGCAUGAAACUUAAAGUACACAAUUUUACAGUUUAUAAUUUAGAACCUAACCACCCUUGUUCUAAUUAUUGGUGGGAUGAAAGUCAAGGGGAACUCGAAGCAUCGGUAUUUACAUCAAUUAUAUUGAAUCAUAUUAAACAACAAUGCAUAGAUGAGACUCAAAAUAAAAAAAAAGACAUUAUUAUAUACUCGGACGGUUGUGGGUAUCAAAACCGCAACACGGUAUUGUCCAAUGCGUUACUUAAAUUUUCUAUAGAAAAUAAUGUUAUUAUAGAACAAAAGUUCCUUGUCAAAGGACAUACACAAAUGCCAUGCGACAGUGUACAUAGUUCAAUCGAACGUACAAUAAAAAACAAAGAAAUCUAUUUGCCAUCUGACUACAUGAAACUAACAAAACUAGCAAGGAAAAAUCCAUCACCUUAUGAAUCCCACUCUGUUAACUAUUCAGAUUUCUAUGACUACAAAAAAUUGAAUUAUUAUAAGUCUAUCCGACCUGGGCGAUCAAAGGGUGACCCUGAAGUUCGAAAUAUAAGAGCUCUUAAAUAUGAUCCCACAACCAAAAAAAUAUAUUACAAAAUAAAUUUUGAACAUGAAUAUACAGAAUUACCCCAGUACCAUCGAACAAAAAAAACUAUAGAUCUGUCCAUCAACACACCUUGUUUGUAUAAUAGCAGAAUUCCUAUUACUCUGUCCAAGUGGAUUGAUCUCCAAAAAUUAAAAACUGUUCUACCAACUGAUGUCCAUGAUUAUUAUGACAAUAUACCUCACUUAAAGACUUAUAAAGAAAGAAAAUGUGAUAAAAUUUAGUUAUUAUGUUUUUUUUUUUUGUUAUAAUUAUUAUUAUUAUGUUUUAACAAGAUUUUUUAUUAUUUUAUUUUAGUGAAUUGUUAUAUUUUGUAUAUUAUUAUUUAUACUAUAAUGCAGUUUUAUUGGUGUUCAGUAUUAAUUAAGAUAAUAUUAAAUAAGGAAUUAUAACAAUUUAUAAUGUGGUAAAAAUCAGAUAUUAUGUUUUUUUUUUUUAUAAUUAUUAUGUUUUAACAAGAUAUUUUUAUUUUAGUUAACUGUUGUAUAUUUUAUAUUAUUAUUAUUUAUACUACACACCUAGUUCAAGUUUUUGAUUUUAAUUAAUAUAUUUUAUUGUUUAUGUUUUUUAUUGAUUUGUAAAAUAAAACAGGUUCAUUUAUUUCAAAAUUUAAAAUGUA